UUGGACACCCCACUUUCUCAGGGGGGUCUUGAUACAUCAUUUAAACCUCACUCUAAUCCUUCACUUGAACACUUACAGUUCAAGGCACAGACAAUAGUUAAGGUCCAGAUUGAUUACAAUGAAGGGGGCUACAAUGCUGUUCCUGUGCUCUACUGUCCUGCUUCUAGUUGAAUUCUGCUUUGCAGGGUCUUCUGACUUGAAGGAUAAGAGCAGAAUGAGACGAGAAGUGAAGGCAUUAACAGUCACCACUAUAAAGCAAGAGCCAUACACAAUGGAGAAAGGCACCGAAUUUGAAGGCUUCUGCAUAGACCUUUUGAAUGAGAUCGCCAAGAAACUGGACUUCAGAUACAACAUUAAUCUUGUCAAGGACGGAUUCUAUGGACGCCAGGAUGCGGAGGGCAACUGGAACGGAAUGGUUGGGGAAGUCGUCCGAGGGGAGGCAGAUCUGGCCGUGGCUCCUCUAACUGUCACCGCAGUCAGGGAGAAGGCUAUCGAGAUGACCAAGCCUUUCAUGCAAACUGGCAUCGGAAUCAUCCUGCGCAAGGAUCUGGUCACCUCAGAGGCAAACUUCUUCGAGUUCCUCAACCCUUUCUCCAAGGAGACCUGGAUUGGGAUAUUAAUUGCUUACUUAGUGACGGCAUUCUGCCUCUGCAUUGUGGCCAGGAUGAGCCCCUGUGAGUGGAGCGAGCCCCAGAGUGAAGACAAUCACUUCACACUCCUCCACAGCCUCUGGUACGCCGCUGGAGCCCUGACCCUACAAGGUGCAGGGCCACAGCCAAAAGCCUUGUCUGUGCGAGUUAUCAGCACCAUCUGGUGGCUGUUCACAGUAGUGCUCCUGGCUUCUUACAUUGCCAACUUCAGCUCCAUGCUGGGCUCAGACACCACCCAGUUCUCCAUCGGGAGCUUCGAGGACCUGGCCAAGCAGGAUGUCAUUGAGUACGGAACACUGCGAACUUCCUCCACCCUCGCCUUCUUCAAGGUGAAUAAAUUCUAUGUGGAAGUGCUUUGUUCAUGGCCUGCGGUUCUGCCACGUGUAAUUAACCUUUUCUGACAGGUACUAUUAGGC